AUGGUUGGAACUGCCCGUCCCAACCUCCAUUACUGCCCUUGCAGACAUAGACUGAUGAUCACCAUUGCCAUGGGAGCGGUGCGAGUCAACAGAUACAGCAUUGUUUCCACAGACGAAGAUGCCCUGAAGAUCUCAGCCUUGGGCCUCCACAAUGGCCACAGUCCGUUGACCCAGCAGAACCUGACGGCGUCGUGCACUGAGGCCGAGGACGAAGCAGCAGGAAAAUAUCCUGCGGGCCAAGAUGCCCGAGGUGCUCUGUCUCUGAGAGUGCCGGAUGACUCCGCGGGCCACAACAGCUGCAGGGCUUCGCCAUCAUGUCGACACAUCGGCAUCGACUUGAGUACAGGUCGACUCCGUAGCCGAUUCGUGAAAAAGAAUGGCCAGUGUAAUGUAGUGUUUGACAACAUGGAGGAUAAGCAACGUCGAUACCUGGCUGACAUUUUUACCACCUGUGUGGACAUACGUUGGCGAUACCUUUUGCUUAUCUUCACUGCCACUUUCCUUCUGUCCUGGUUGUUUUUUGGUUUGGUCUUCUGGGGAGUGGCACUGGCUCAUGGAGACUUUGAUCUUCACUUCCCUGCAAAGGAGGAAGACUCUCAGAGCAAAGCAGAGGACAAACAGGACAAAUGGCGGCCGUGCAUCCUGCACAUCCAGGGCUUUAUCGGGGCAUUCCUCUUCUCCAUAGAAACCCAAACUACCAUUGGAUAUGGUUUCCGCUGUGUCACCGAAGAGUGCCCUGUUGCCGUGGUGACCGUGGUGGUGCAGUCCAUCGUGGGCUGUAUCAUUGACUCCUUCAUGAUAGGCACCAUCAUGGCCAAGAUGGUACGGCCCAAGAAACGGGCUCAGACCUUGCUAUUCUCACAUCACGCUGUCAUCGCCUUGCGAGAUGGAAAGCUGUGCCUCAUGUGGCGCCUGGGGAACAUGCGGAAGAGCCACAUCGUGGAAGCACACGUGCGCGCUCAGCUCAUUAAGCCUAAAAUGACGGCAGAGGGCGAGUACCUCCCUUUGGAGCAGACGGACAUCGACGUCGGCUACGAUGACGGCCUGGACCGGUUGUUUCUCGUGUCACCACUUGUGGUGGUCCAUGAAAUCAACAAGACCAGUCCCCUGUAUGACCUGAGCAGCACUGACCUUCAAAAGGAAGACUUUGAGAUUGUGGUCAUCUUGGAGGGCAUGGUGGAGGCUACUGCGAUGACCACUCAGGCCCGUAGCUCCUAUUUGGCCAAGGAGAUCUUGUGGGGUCACCGAUUUGAACCGGUGGUCUUUGAGAAGGGAAACCGCUACCACGUAGACUACUCUCGCUUCCACAAGACAUACGAAGUGCCGACAACGCCACACUGCAGUGCCAGAGAGCUCAGUCAAAGAGAAGGUGAUGGGCGGCUUCCCUCGUCCUCCACCUCCAGUUUGUCACAAUCUCCGUCACCGUUUGUUCCAAGAGCGGCUCGCCAUCUAUUGGGGCUCCACUCACCCAGCGCUUUCUGUUACGAGAAUGAGGUCGCGCUUUGUUGCGGUGAGGAUGAAGAAGAUGGGGAGGCAGGCAGCCUGGGGGCCAAAAGUGAACGAGGAGCAAGUGUUCGAGAUGAGCUUUCGGCGGGCUUCAAGGAGACUUUUGUUAAGGAGCAGAUGGUGGAGAUGCUGUGUGUGCUGGACACUGAAAACCAGAUCAGUCUGGACAAAUUACAGCCUGGUCUACCUUUAUACAUAAGUCGGGAAUCUGGAGUGUGA